CCUGCUCCGUGGCUUGGGGGUGAUUUUUCCUCUUCCGAGCACUUACGCACGUCGGGAGGAUGCCUGCGUCAGGGGCAGCGGCUGCCUUUCAUCCCUUCCAGCCCCUAUAAGACUCCCCCUGGGCUGGGGAGAGCCGGCAUCUCCCGAGGAGGAAAAGCAGAGCAGAAACUCAGCAUCCCCAGACCGCUCCGCAUCCUCCCUCCCUCUCUCUAUUUCACCCCGGGCGGCUGCAUCGGCUCCGGCUCCGGCUCCGGUUCUGCUGGUGCAGAGAGAAGCUCCGAACCCCUGAGGAUCCCUCUCUGUCUCCCCAGGUUUCUGAUCACGGCUGGGAAGCUCUGGGUGCGAUGCUGCCCUGCUCCGUGCCGGAUUUAAGGCACUCAUCCAAGUCGAUGUUCCCUCUCCUCCUCCUCCUCCUCCUCCCCUUCCUGGCGGAGCUCAGCUCCAGCAUCCAGCCCACCUACCAGUGGAAGGAUGCUGUGACAAGGGAGAAGCUGACCUGCCUGCAGUGCCCACCGGGGACCUUCGUGGCUCAGCACUGCAGCAAGGAGAGGCAGACGGUGUGCCAGCCCUGCCCCGACCUGCACUACACGCAGUACUGGAACUACCUGGAGAAGUGUCGGUACUGCAAUGUCAUCUGCGAGGAGCAGCAGGUGGAGGUGCAGCGCUGCAAUUCCACGCACAACCGCGUCUGUCAGUGCCGGGAGGGAUACUACUCCGAGAUGGAAUUCUGCAUCAGGCACUCCGAGUGCCCGCCGGGCUUCGGGGUAGAGAAACUGGGUUCCCCCUUCGAGGACACCCAGUGCCAGCCCUGUCCCCACGGCUUCUUCUCCUCUGCCACCUCCAGCACCAAGCCCUGCCAGCCCCACCAGGACUGCCAGCAGCAGGGAAAGGUCACCAAUGUCCCAGGAAACCAGUACCAUGACACCCUCUGCACCUCCUGCAAACUGGGGAGGAGCAACAGCACCCAGGGAGCAGGUGAGCCCUGGGGACACCCAGGAGCUGAUGACUGUGAACAAGCCCUGAUCGACUUUGUCGCCUACCAGAACAUCCCCCUGCGGAAGCUGCGGAGGCUGCAGCAGAUCCUGGGGCGCUCCCCGCGGAGAUCGGCGGCGGGAACCAAGGCUGCGAUCCAGGAAAAAAUCAGAACUUUCCUCACCCACCUCCGAGAGGAACACUACGAGGUCACCAAGGAGCUGCUGGAUGCCCUAAGAGCUGCCAAGCUCCAUUCCAUCGAGGAGAAGGUCCGGGAACGCUUCCUCCUGCCCUGAGAGCAUCGGGGGGGCAGCACCCGGGGGGGCUCCGGACCUGGAACG